AUGUCGUCCUCUACCAUCGCCUACCCGGACAACCUCCAAACUCAGUCGCGACUUGUGCAGCUACCACAAGAAAUCAAAAACCUCAUCUUCGAUCUGUGCUUCGCCGCAGAUGGCGCCAUCGUCGAGCCAAUUCCGAAUACCACUCCUUCCAAGGUCGAUGUCUCGCGCAGAAUGGGAGUAAACCUCUUGCAAACCUGCUGCAGAUUAUACCAUGAGACCGACCGCCAAUCAUUAUUCACUCAGAACACCUUCCGCUUUAGAACCGUCGACAGUAUGAGCACUUUCCUGAGAUCAUUAAGCCCUGUGCACCGCGCGUGUGUUCGGGACGUCGAGAUUGACGUGCAGAGCAUGCAUUCUCAACACCCGGGGCUUGCUCGGGAGUGGCUGCACUACCUGUCAUGGGGCAACGGCCAGUGGGAUCAGUCUCUCGGCUCUUUACACGUAGAUGCUCCGGGGUUGAAGUGCCUCAGGCUGAACUUCGAGUCGUGGCCCAGAAUCGCCAUGAAGAGGGUCGAACUGUGGAACCAACUCAGGAACAUGCUCUCAAAAAUCGAAGGCCUCGAGCGAACUAUUGUGGUCGGUGCGAGUAAAGGCACUUCCAUGUCCAAACGAGCUCCCUUUUCCCCGGUUCACUACGUUGGAGGCGAUGACGUCGGCGUCGAUGACCUCGUUCCACGAAUGUGGUCUACUGUUGGAGCACCAGAUGAGUCGAAGAUCGUGAGGUGGACUCGCCAAGACGGAAGACUGGAGCUAGAGAUUGUGUCGAUAUCACAUCUAUUGAAGAACGUCGACCCGCACUGGUACGGCCCCUCUGUAAGGAGAAGCCACACCGACCCGUGGCCAGAGAACGGCUCCUGCACCUUGUUCGGGUACGAGAACCGGGACUCGGACCACCACUCCUGCAAUGAAGACACCCUUUCCACCUCCGGUCAGGGUUACGAAGACGCCGCCCCACGCAGCUGUGACGAGCAAGAUCGUGAGGGUGAGAUGGCCGCGCCAGGAGCGGGCGCGGAGUUCCCGGCGAAAGAUGGGGAAGAGGCCGAAGACCUCGAUCGAGAAGAGAGUCAAAGAGAACACGUGUGUGGUCGACGGGAGGCGCGAAGCCAGAACGCUAGAUGCCAUCAUAGCGGAGUUUGUUGA